CAACAAAACAGACACACAGAUUAGAUUCAGAUUUAGAUAAAAUAUUAGGCAAGAUGUGUUGAAGUAGCGGCAUUGUCAUGAGUUUCCACUUUGUGACAAUAAAAUUUGUCAAUGACAAAAGUUGUUUCGUCGCGUUAACUUCCAGUAUUUGUCAAAACCAGGGGAAAGAGGGAGAUGUACAAGUGUUUGAGGUUGAGGACAUAGGAGGUGGGAAGUUGUAUGUGAGCUGGUCAGGGGAGACAGUAAGGGGAUCUGGAGGGACUGAUGGAGUUCUACAAAUUAAUGGACUUUUUGGUGCAAAAGUUGGACUCAAAGAUGAAGACAAGGUGAUAAUACGUCCAGUGUCCAAGGUGCCGAUAUGUACACGAUGUUCUGUUGAGCCUGUGUCAUUUGAUGACUGGGAAAUACUGGACAGACAUACAGCAUUCAUAGAGUCACAUUUGUUAGAUAUUGUAAGGGUGAUCCAGAAAGACAAGAUUUAUCCCAUCUGGGUAGAGAAAUCUGUCUGUGUGUUUAUCAAAAUAGGUACUACUGCUCCAGAAGCAGACUGUGUAUUGCUGGUAAAUGAAACUGAAGUAUUGGUUUCACCUAAAGUAAGAAACUCUGCCAUUGGUCGACCUGCUGUAGAAGAACCAAUCAGACGGGCCAGUGCAAAAACUGAGGAAGUGCCAUUCUUGCCUAACCCUAGCCAAUAUGAAGAUGAGAAUUUUGAUACUAAAUUCAGGUCUACAGAUUCUGAAACUGGUAUAAAAGAUUAUCUAGGCUUUAGCAAAUCAACUGAUAGGAAAAUACGUGAGAAAUCACCAUACGAUAAUAUAUCUAGUCAAUGGAAAAACCUGUUUUCUUACUUGGGAUUUCGGUCACGCAUAGAAAGUCGCGCGAUCACAUCUGAUGAUGAAGAUGAUGCUUAUGAUGAUGAGGAUGAUUCAGUCGACCAAUCAGAGCCGCAGUUACAAACCGGACUUAACUUAGUGUUACGUGUGCAAUCUUUGAAAUACAAAGUGAAAGACACUGACCACAUUUCUCCGGAAUGCAAUAAUGGACAUCAUCGUGGCAGCGAGUCUCCAAGAAAAAGUGGAAGCUCAUCGCCACGGAAACAGAGUCGAGAAUCGCCAUCAAAAUCGAGCAGAAAUAUGUCUCAACCGAAAUCAAAUUUUAGAUUGAACUAUUUUCCGCAGCAGCCUAGUACUAUAUAUAUGGACAAGUCUGAUGUUGAAAAACAACUGAAAUGUAAUCGAUCAGAGAUUCCGCAUAUAUUUUACGCAAAACUUAGAAAAUUAGCCUCGCCGAAGGAACAGCAACAGCAGCAGGAGAAAUUAAAUACGAGCUCAGGAAUUGGAAAACAAAGCAUUCGUAAAACAGGUAAAACCGAAGGCGAAACUAAAGAUAAGGUAUCGCCACAUGCAGAAACUCCAGAAACGCCGCCAGCAGGCACGGAAACUAAAGCUGAAAAUGAGUAUCCUUGUGUUGUGCGUGUUAUAGUUAUUGACCGAAGACGGCAACUGUGUAACGAUCAUUAUUCUAUGAUUGUUAAACGAGUGUUAUCGGAGCAACCUUUAUUAAAAGGUCAUGUGAUCAUACCCGAUAUGUUAAGACGCUUCCUGAAAUUAGACAUUACGAGUAGAGUUUGGAUACAGACGUUUAAAGUUAAUCCAUCCCAGACAACUGCAUUCUCUUUGUAUCCUCUAGGAAACGUGCCAAACAAAAUUACAGCAGAUAACCUAGGCUUGGCAUUCAGGAGCUGGUUAAAUCAAGUGACAGUUGAAGAUUACCCGAUGGUUGUAUUUGAAGGAAUUUUUCUCCGAUUUCAAGUCUACCAAGAUGUAUAUGUAGAAAGCCAGUUAACAUACAAGGACCCAGAUCCCCAGAGCAAGAGCUGUUUCACCAUGCUGCACCCAGGAGUGUUACGCAAUGCUAGUCUGACAGUUGUGAGUGGGACCCGCGCCGCCGACCUCACACACCCAGUGGUCCAGCCCAUGCUGGCAUACAACAGCAUUGCCAGUAUUGAUCCACCCGUACCUAAUGCUGACCUCAGCUCUGUUGGGGGUAUGUCUGACCUGAUAGAGACAGCUAUUUUGAACAUAGAAAUUUGUCUUGGUUCUCGGCGGCUGUAUAGAGAAAUUUGCCUGACUACCCCUGGAUUACUUAAUGGAAUGCUCUUACUUACUGGGCCCAAAGGAAGUGGAAAGACAACUCUUGGAAAGGCAUUAUGCAAGAAGAUGACAGAGUUACCCAAUUUGGCUUACACAAAUGCUAUAGACUGUAAACCAUUACGAGGAAAGAAGGUAGAAACUAUACAGAAGGUGCUAGAGUUGAUAUUUGAUGAAGCUGCAUGGCGACAACCUUCCCUAAUCUUCUUAGAUGACCUUGACCAUCUGUGUGGGGCUCCAGCUGGGCCAGAGUUUGAAAUGACGGGCGAGGCCCUGUAUUCAGCAAGAGUUGCUGAAGUUUUGAAGGACCUAUUGAGAAAAGAUGUUAGAAACAUGAGCAAUAUUGCGGUCUUAGCAACCAGCCAAUCACGGUCCUCGUUACAUCCUAUCUUGGUGUCAUCAAGGGGAACACAUCUUGUACAGGAAGUGAUGAGUAUCAAACCUCCAAAUAAGACCCAAAGAAAAGAAAUCCUUGACACUAUAUUGAGAAGUAAAUCCAUGGUAACUGAAAAAGCCUUGGCAUCAUUAAACCUAGAUCUACUUGGACAGCGGACUGAGGGGUUUGUGGCACGAGACCUGGAAUUUAUUAUCAGCAGAGCUGUUCAUGCACAUAUACUCACUCAAGGCAGAGCUGUCCAAGAUGAUGUGGAACUUGACCUCACCCAGAAUGAUUUUGAUGUUGCCCUGAAUGGAUUUACCCCAGCAUCUAUCAGGAAUGUUCCACUUCAUGAAGCAGGGGAAUUAGGAUGGUCAGAUAUAGGAGGUCUAACAGAUGUAAAAGAAACAUUGAUAGAAACACUCCAGUGGCCAACAAAGUAUCCAGCAUUAUUCUCAAACUGCCCAUUACGACUGAGGUCAGGGCUGUUACUGUAUGGGGCUCCGGGCACGGGUAAAACCUUACUUGCCGGUGUGGUGGCUAAAGAGUGUGGUCUUAACUUCAUCAGCAUCAAGGGACCAGAGUUACUGAGUAAAUAUAUAGGUGCUAGUGAACAAGCUGUCAGGGACACAUUUAUCAGAGCUCAGAGUGCCAAGCCAUGUAUUCUUUUCUUUGAUGAGUUUGACUCAAUAGCUCCAAGGAGAGGGCAUGACAAUACCGGGGUUACAGAUAGAGUUGUGAACCAGUUACUGACACAGCUAGAUGGUGUAGAAGGUUUAGAUGGUGUGUAUGUGUUAGCUGCAACAAGUAGACCAGAUUUGAUAGAUCAAGCCUUGCUGAGACCUGGCCGACUGGAUAAAUGUCUGCAUUGUCAGUUACCUAACAAGGUAGAUAGACUACAUAUCCUGAAGGCUUUAUCAAGCAGAAUGUCUCUGGCUGAGAAUAUAGACUUUGACUACUUUGCGGAGAACUGCCAUGAUUUUACUGGUGCUGAUUUCAAGGCAUUGUUAUAUAAUGCUCAACUUGAAGUGAUCCACGAGUUCACUUCGACAGCUGAUGAUGGGGCUGAUACAGAUAUAGGAAAGUUUGGAAUGAGGUCAAAGAAAGGGUUGGCAUCUAAACUGAAAAGUCGUUCAAAAACUGAUAAAUUGAAAGUAGAAACAAAGAGGGAAAGACACAAGUCAUUUUCUUCCGGUACUUUAGCCUACAUACCUAGUCUAGAAGAGGGUGUGGUCCAAGUUUCACAAGAAAUGGAAGAAAGAAUAGGAAGUCAGGUGUCACAUAUCAGACUACGAGAAAGGAGAGCAUCAGAUCAGUUUGUGGUAGAUAACACACCGGAUUCACCAUUCCAAAUGAAGAAUGUUCUAGUUGUAACACAGCAACAUAUGAUGUCAGCAGUCAGUAAAAUGAGGCCAUCGGUGUCAGGUGAAGAACGUCAGAAAUACCAGAGAAUAUAUGACAACUUUGUUGCGGCAAGAGGCGGCCAUUUUGACACUGGAUACAUGGAAGCUGAGAACUUCAAGAUGAAAGCAACUUUAGCAUGAAAAUCAGAAAACAGUGCAAUCUAAAAAAACAAACAAUUUUUUCAAAUGAAAGAUCAUUAAAAUAGUGCUUACCUUUUAAAAAGUACAGUGCUAUACAGUCUUUCAUUUAAAGGAAAAGAUAGUCAGCAACAGAAGGCUAUUAUUAUAAAGGUGGGACAUCCCUUGAUGUGUGCAAAAUGGUGUUGCAUGUUUAAUAUUAGGGUGCAUUCAAAAAGUUCAAGGAAAGUCUUGCAGAUUGUUUGAUUACAGAACAGACAUUGGUAAACUGAUAUACACAGUAUACACAGCCCUUGAAAGAUUGGAAAAUGAUCUUUAGGGAGCAGAACUGUUUUAAAAAUAAUUGAAUUGACUCUAUAAACCUUAAUGCAUGCAACUUUUUUCACCCAUUGCAACAUCAGUAUGUUUUCUCUUGCUGUUGCUUCACAGAAUAUUAUAGGGUUUCCUGUUGUGAUAAGAGAAUUUUUGCCCAACUUUUUACUGUAUCUCAUUUUAUAUUUUGUUAUGUAGAAACUGAAAGUCAUUUUUUGAUUUCACAGAAUUCAAGCAUAUUUCUACAAACUUUAAAUUGAUUACCGGUAUGAUUAUUCUUGAAGAUAUACUAUGUACAUUUUCCCCAAAAAUAUUUUAUCAUUAGAUAUCAACUUCAGAUGAAGAAAUCCUCAUGUAUUUAACUUGGCUUUAUAUAAAAGAAAACAAACUGUGUAUGCCGAGCUGCAUUUAGAAUAACAUGUUAUAAUAUGGACACUCUCAUCCAUCAGAAGUUGGUCAAAAUCCCAAGACAAACCUCUAAUUUACUUUCUUUUGUUUAUUUGGUAAGCAUGAGCACUCGUUAUAACAACUGGGAGUGGUUUCAGCCAAUCAGUGUUCACCAUUUUUAAUCGGCACAGCGAAUUUAAACUUUAAAAACCAUCUUAGCAAAGUACAUGCUAACAAUGAAUAAGACAAUAUUGCAUGCCUGCAGUUAAUAAAGAUUUAUUCCUGUAAUCAGAUGUCUAGAAAUGUACCUCAUAUUUCAGCGUCAUUAUUGGAAAGAAGAUGGUCAUGCCUUUUACAGCUGAUUUUGAUAGGCGCUCAAAAAUUUGUCACGAAACAUUGCUGAUUGGUUGAAACUUUUUACCUGUGAUGCAGCAAAACUGAAAUAGCAGCAAACUGUGCCAGAGGUUCAACUAGGGAACCAUGUUAGACUUCUGGGUAAUUGUAUGAUGGAAGUAAUUUGCUUUAAAAAAUUCACCAUGUUUUUGAUGGUAUUAUAAAAAAAAUUCAUGCCGUGGCUUGUUAUACAUUAGGACAUACACAUUAAUAAAGUGUGUACUACUUUUAAUGUAACACAAAAUACUAUUUAUACACACAAACUGGUUUAUUUCAUGUUUACAUAAAUACUGUAAAGUAAUUCCAAAUUUCAACAUGUCCGAAACGUUGCGAAAUGACUCUUAAUUUCAGUUUGGUAGUGGUUCCAUUUUACUCUGACUUUAUCAUAGACACCCUGUGUAAAAUUUCAAACUUUAAGUUAAAACAAAAGUAUUAAAUCCAUAUAAUAUUUAAAUGAAACUUUGAAAUUUUGUAGCAUCCUCUUGGGUAUAUGUGGUUAAAAAUUUUGAUUUGAUUUCUGAUAUAGUUUGCUUUUUUUUCUUCUAAAGUCACUGUAUACCCAGCAAAAGGUUAUUCAGAUUAAUUAAAUUUCAAUCUGAUCUGAUGUAGACAAAAGUAAAAUAUGAUGGAUAUAUGUAUUCAAUUAAGGUAAUAUAAUCAGAAUGAAUGUUUUUGUUGGCCGACUUGAACAAGAGUCACUGCUUUGUUGCAAGACAAAUUUAUGCCGAAGUUUCUAUAUUAUUUAUUUAAUUUCAUAUAUUUACAUUCGCCCUGUUCUUUUCCAUUGAAAAUUUUGACGUUCAUUUCCCAUGAACAGCAAAAGGAACGUUGCGAAAGUUACGUCAUCACUGCUUAGUGAUAACCGGCCGCUGUUUUGACAAUGUCCUCGUAUAGUCAGGGAGAACGUUCCUUAGAUGACGUCGCAGAUAUUCCGUCUGGCGCACAGAAUGGCCGGAAAGCUGAUUUUAAUGUUAAAUGCCACAAAAUAUGUGCAAUUUAUAAUAUUAUCUUGUUUACAAAUGGAAAGGAAAUAUAAUGUAAAUAUAAGAAAUGAAACUAUUUUUUUCGGUGUUCAUGCGAAAUGAAUCGCUAGCCCAAUUUGUGGAUUUGCCGAUCCUAUUCUGUUGUUCAUUUCGCAAGAACACCAAAAAAAUUCAUUUCAUUUCUUAAAUGAAUACAUGUACUAUCUAUGGGAACAAAAUAAGUAACAGCAUUUAGUCUUUAGUCUUUGAAAUUUGUGAGGAAAACCCAUGCUAUGGUAGAUUUUGGUGCUUAGACAAAUAUGUACGGUAUUUUGUUUAAAAUUACUAUAUUCUCUGUACUCUUGUCUAUGUAGAUUAAAAAAUAUGUGUUUAAGUCAUGCAGGCAUGGCCUAAAUUUUGAAUACUCAAUAAUAUACACCUGUUAACCGGCAAGUCAUUCAAUAUGUGUUAUAUUACAUAACAUGAGAAAUUACACCUG